AAACACACAGGAGAUGGAGGAGAUGGUCGAGAUGGGCUUGUUAGCAAACAGGGCCUAUUUGCAAUGCUAUAAGGAAUGUUAUUUCAGUGUCUGUUUUUGUGAAUAAAAUACUUUUUUAAAGUCUAGACCAGUUUCAGAAAGAUCAAACUUGAGGUUCCCAGAGUGGCUCACCUGGUUAUGGCCUGUCCAGGCUGUGCAAAGUUACUGAUCUUCGUUGAGGAAUCUAUAGUGAGCGUUGCACUGGCGCUUGUGCUCCUGCGGAUUAGGGUAAGUGGAAUGUGCAGAAGCUUCUUUUGGCAGUAGAGCUCCAUUAUAACUAAGACCAGGACUCAUUAACCUACCGAAGGUGACUGGAAUCAUUUUACAAAUCCAAAGAUCAACAUGGCUGGCCAAAAAAUCAGUCUCCCUGCUAAGCUGAUUGACGGUGGUAUCGCAGGGCUGGUGGGGGUGACGUGUGUGUUUCCCAUCGACCUGGCCAAAACACGGCUGCAGAACCAGCAGGGCCAGCGCCUCUACACAGGAAUGUUAGACUGCUUGGUCAAAACAGUUCGACAGGAAGGCUAUUUUGGAAUGUAUAGAGGUGCAGCAGUGAAUCUCACUUUAGUGACUCCAGAAAAGGCGAUCAAACUGGCAGCAAAUGAUUUUUUCCGAAACCUGCUGUCUAAUGACGGAAAAAAUCUAACUCUUUUUAAAGAGAUGUUAGCAGGGUGUGGAGCUGGGACCUGCCAGGUCAUUGUUACCACACCCAUGGAAAUGCUCAAAAUUCAGCUCCAGGAUGCAGGUAGACUAGCUGCCCAGAAAAGUGUGUCAGAAGCCGGUGGCUCUCCUCCCCCCCAGGCCCGAGCGUUUUCCACUGGCUCAGCAGCCGCCCACAGUCGCCCAUCCGCCACUGUGCUGGCCAGGGAGCUCCUGAAAACCAAAGGGAUCAGCGGGCUCUACAGAGGAAUCGGCGCCACGCUGGCCAGGGAUGUGCCAUUCUCCAUGAUCUACUUCCCCCUGUUUGCCAACCUCAACAGGCUGGGGCAGAGAAGCCCUGGGGAGACGGCCCCCUUCUACCACUCCUUCCUAGCGGGCUGUGGAGCCGGUGCUGUGGCAGCCGUGGCUGUGACCCCUCUUGAUGUCAUUAAGACUCGUUUACAAACCCUCCGAAAAGGCGUGGGAGAGGACACCUACAGAGGAACUGUGCACUGCAUGAGGAGAAUCUGGCAGCGGGAAGGGUACUCUGCUUUCUUGAAAGGAGCUGGGUGUCGCGCUCUGGUCAUCGCACCUCUGUUUGGGAUUGCCCAGGUGGUCUACUUCUUUGGCGUCGGGGAAUAUGUCCUGGCCUAUUUUGGUUAGAUACCUCCCUGGAUGAAAUCCUGGCUCACUUCGGAUCCUUGAACAAACAGCUUUUGCAUGGUGCUGCUGAAGAUGCUGAACACUUCACUAGAAAGAAUCUGCACAUCAAUGGCUUUGCUACUUCCAGAGCUUAAAAUCCACCUGUAUUUCACUGUUAUACUAUUACUUGGAAGAUAAUGGUCUAUAUUACAAUAAGUCUUUAUUAUAAUAACUCUCAAUAUAAUAACUUUUUGUUAAUCACCUUACUUUAAUUGCAAAUGUUAAAGCUCUCUGUGCUUUGACAAUAACAGAAUACCAUACUGCCAUGUAAUGGCUUAACCAAUGCUUUAAUAUAGUAUUAUAGUGUAGCCUUAGCAAAACUAUCACUGACCCAUACUGCUGUCUGCAAGAUCUAUUUGUUCAAUGCUUGUUUUUUACUUUUAGAUAUGCAGAUGCAAUUGUGACUGCUGCUUUCUACAAUCUUCAGCACAACAGUGAGGGGAUGACUGAACAAAGGGAAUCUAUACAAAAUGAAUAUGUUUGUUAAGAUGACUCUGAUAUUUCAAAAUCUGCAUGAGUUUUCAGUUCGUACAAAAUUGAAGUUUAAACGUUAAUAAAACAGGUAUGCUAACUACACAUAACUACACUGUAGCUAUCAUUUACUACAGUAAAUCAGCAAACUGACAUAUUGACAUUAACAACGUGUAUUUAACAAAGUUAUUUUUCCGAUAAUAUCAUUUUGUUAAAUAAUGUUAGGAAAGGCAUCUCUUGGAACUGGAAAAUUGUAACAGAUUAUACUGUGCGCUGGUUUACAGAGCUGUGUAAUGACACCGGAGGGAGGCUACAUGCAGUUUCAUUUUGUUAUUGUAAGCCAUGCAGAGAGUCAUCAGGGUGUCAAGGUCCAAUAUAAAUUAUACUAAGGGCUCCACAGAAUGAAAGUCAGCAAACCAAUUGUAUGAAAUUAAAUGUACAUUUAACAAUAGUGUAGUAAAUAAUGGUUAUUUUGUUAAUUGACAUUUUAUAUGCAGGAAUAAAUGCAUUCUUUGAUA